GUCGUAGCCGUGAGCGCGUCAAAUUUGUAUGUCUUUGGGGUGUCUGUGGUGCGUGUGGCUUUGAUGAAGUUAACAAGCGCCCAUGUGCGGGCUAGCGUUUAGAACACGGAACAGUCCCUCUCAAAAAACUUCGCUGCGUUGGGGCGACUGUUGUCUACACGCAUCUAUGACCAUCAGGGAAACCCACUGAAGACGACGAUUUGCUGCUUUUUUGCCAAAGGAAAACGCUUGGGUUGACCAGCAAUGAUUAACAUAGCGGGUGUCAUCUCUAUUAUCAUCUUUUACGUUCUCAUUUUGGGUGUGGGGAUAUGGGCGGGUCGCAAAAAAGAGGCUGGCAACGAUUCCGAGGAAGAGGUGAUGUUAGCCGGACGGAACAUCGGCUUGUUCGUCGGCAUUUUCACCAUGACAGCUACAUGGGUGGGCGGAGGCUAUAUCAAUGGUACGGCUGAAAUCAUAUACACGACGGGUUUAGUUUGGUGCCAAGCACCCUUUGGUUACGCGCUCAGUCUAGUGUUCGGGGGGAUUUUUUUUGCCAAUAAAAUGCGUCAACAGGGUUACAUCACCAUGUUGGACCCUCUUCAAGACUCCUUCGGGGAGAGAAUGGGAGGUCUUCUCUUCCUUCCGGCUCUUUGUGGAGAAGUCUUUUGGGCUGCCGGAAUUUUGGCAGCCCUUGGGGCUACCCUGAGCGUCAUCAUCGACAUGGACCAUAGGACCAGCGUCAUCUUCAGCGCUUGCAUUGCUGUUUUCUACACCCUCUUCGGAGGUUUAUAUUCCGUAGCUUACACCGACGUUAUUCAGUUGUUUUGUAUUUUUGUUGGUCUUUGGAUGUGCAUACCGUUCGCUUGGAACAACGAGCACGUGUCGCCCUUGUCAUCAAUGAACGUCGACUGGAUAGGCGAAAUCAAGAAAGAAGAGUACUUCUACUACGUCGACUACGGGUUGUUGUUGAUUUUCGGAGGAAUCCCUUGGCAGGUCUACUUCCAACGGGUUCUUUCGAGCAAAUCGGCAGGCCGGGCUCAACUCUUGUCGUACGUCGCGGCUUUCGGGUGCAUCCUUAUGGCGAUACCACCGGUACUAAUCGGCGCGAUUGCUAAAGCAACCGCUUGGAACGAGACGGGCUACAAAGGGCCGUACCCUCUCACUACCGACGAGAGCAGCAUGAUCCUACCAAUGGUACUCCAGUACUUGACACCCGACUUCGUCUCGUUCUUCGGCUUGGGUGCCGUUUCAGCCGCUGUGAUGUCUUCAGCCGAUUCUAGCGUCCUCUCCGCCAGUUCCAUGUUCGCACGGAACGUCUACAAGCUGAUCUUCCGACAGAAGGCGUCUGAAAUGGAGAUCAUAUGGGUGAUGCGCGUCUCCAUCCUCAUAGUAGGCGUACUAGCAACAAUCAUGGCUUUAACUAUUCCUUCCAUUUAUGGUUUAUGGUCUAUGUGUUCCGAUUUGGUUUACGUUAUUCUUUUCCCUCAGUUGUUGAUGGUGGUCCACUUCAAGAACUACUGCAACACGUACGGAAGUCUCGCAGCCUACCUCAUUGCUUUCUUGGUUCGCUUGUCCGGCGGCGAACCACAGAUGGGACUCGACGCCCUUAUCCACUUCCCGGGAUGGGACGAAGAGAACCAGCGUCAACUUUUCCCGUUCCGAACGCUAGCGAUGAUUAUAUCUCUGAUCACGCUGAUCGGGGUUUCGUGGUGGACGAAGUGGGUCUUCGAGACGGGAAGGCUUGCACCAGGGUACGACAUUUUCCACUGCGUGGUCAACAUUCCGGAGGAUAUACAGAGGGUUGGAGAGCCAGCUGAAGAGGGCGAGCAGAUGUCGGUGAUGGCGUCCGGGGCUAUGGGUAAACUGUACGGUGCGGCUACCCUUGUAGGGAAAGACGAGAGGAAUGGAAGGAUAAAUCCGGCGUUGGAGGCUGAUGACGAUGUUUUACCUUCUGAUAUUGAGAAGCUGAGGGGUUCGAUUAGCAGCGGUGGGGGUAUUAGGUCGGGUACUAAUCCGGAUAUACAAACGACACUUUGAUUGGGGUAAACAUUUGUCUUCUGGUUGUAAUAAAAGUGUUAGAAGAUAGUAGGUGCUAUAUAGGUGUAAAGAGCCAUUAUAUUACCGCUGGCCGGUUUUGUUAUUUACUUUCGAGAGUAUAUCCGACGGUUUUAUUUGUUUUAUUUGUUAGUCUUCAACGAAAUGUAUUUUCACGUCGUGACAUCGAAUUUGUUGAAAGCUCGUUGGAAGAAACGUAUACAUAUCGGGGAAUUGAGUCCUAUCACGUAACAAUACAUAUCACUGUUGCUCCUUAAGUAAUUCUUUAGAGAUGUUUUUAUAUAUGUACAUAUCUAGAAAUAACAGUAUUCACUGAGAGCCGUAAGUAAUCGUUUGUUGAGAUGUUUGGAUUACUAAAUAUUUAUUUAUUCUAAAUAUUUUGCAUAAAUGUAUUUCUAAUUGUCGAUUUUUUGAAAUCUUGUCGGUGUGUUAAAUGUGAUGGAACAAUAAUUAGCAAAUUAUUUAAACAUAAUUAAAGUGUUUUAUUUAACAGAGAUAAAAGACUUACCAUUAAAAAUUAAAAGUCAAAAUAUAUCAUCCUGACAAUGUAUUAUAACAAUAAUAAAUCCCAUUGUAAUUUAUUUAUUAAAAAAAAAGUUGUAUAUUUUUCUCAUAAAUUUUAUGAGUGUUUUGAUUUGCGGUUAUAUGGAUAACCUAUCUUAUGUUAUUCGUGGUAAAUGUUAUAUCUCACAUGAUAAUGUACAUUGAAACUGUAGCAAACUGUUACGACCACUGUUGUUGCUGUAAUAUAUAGAAUAAAAAAAAAAUAGAAAAUUAUAUUUGGUAUGUUGUGUAUACUCAUUAAGUAUAGACUGUUAAAACUGUAUAACAGCCUUUGUCGUAAGUCAGAAUGUUCAGUGUAUAUAUAACAUAAAGCUCCUAGAGCGUUAGCAAUAGAAGAUUGUUGUAAAAUAUACAAUAAAACCCGAAGUAAUA